UUUAAUAACAAAAUUAACAGAAGCAUCAAUUUUCACAUUAUUGGAAAUUAUUAUAGGUUUCUUUGCAAUGUGGUAUCUAAUGAAAAAACCCAUUAAAAAUGAGAUUUUAUCAGAAGCUGAACGUCAAAAACUUAUAAAUGAAUGGAAUCCAGAACCUUUAAUAUGUGAAGAAAGUGAUGAUAAUCCAAAGUUAAAAAAUCGAGUUGUCAAUGGAAUAUCUGGUUAUUAUGUAACAAUUAAUGAUAAAGAAUGCUUAAACCUUGCAACGCAUAAUUAUUUGGGUCUUCUUGAAAAUGAGGAAUUACGUAAAAAUGCAACACAAUUAAUAUAUAAAUAUGGUGUUGGGUCAUGUGGACCCAGAGGGUUUUAUGGAACAUUAGAUGUACAUUUAAGCUUAGAAGAUAGAUUAGCAAAAUUUAUGAACACAGAAGCCGCUGUUAUUUAUUCAUAUGGAUUUUCUACAAUCGCUUCAGCCAUACCUGCAUACUGUAAACGUGCCGAUGUUAUUUUUACGGAUGAAAUGAUUAGUUUCCCAGCACAAAAAGGUAUUCAAGCAUCCAGAAGCACUGUGCAUUAUUUUAAACAUAACGAUAUGGAAGAUUUAGAAAGAUUGUUAAAAAUCCAAGAGGAAAAAUCAAAAAAGAAUCCUAAAAAGGCAAAAAAACAACGAUUAUUUUUAAUUGUUGAAGGCAUUUAUUUUAAUACGGGAUCGUUGUGUCCUCUACCCAAAAUUAUUGAACUUCGCAACAAAUAUAAGUUAAGAUUAUUCUUGGAUGAAUCACAAACUUUUGGAGUCUUGGGUGCUACUGGAAGAGGAAUUACUGAACAUUUUAAUAUCGAUAGAGUUACUGAAGUGGAUUUGAUAGUUUCAAGUUUAGAAUCAAGUAUUGCAAGCACUGGUGGAUUUUGUGUUGGAUCUCACUUUAUAAUUGAACAUCAAAGAUUGUCCGGCUUAGGUUAUUGCUUUUCUGCUUCAAGUCCUCCUCUGCUUUGUCAAGCUGCAAUUGAAGCAUUAAAUAUUAUUGAAAAAAAUCCCGAUAUUUUGGAUAACUUACGAGAAAAUUGUUUGUACAUGCAUAAUCAAUUGAAAAAAAUUCAAUCCAUGUCUACGAAUUCAAAUGAAUUGUCACCAAUCAAACAUUUGUAUGCGACAUCUCUCGAGAAUGAAAAAGAAGCAAAUGAAUUUCUUGAUAAACUAGUACAACAUUGUGAAAAUAACGGCUUUGCAAUUACCAAAUCAGUGUACAUAGAAAGUAUGGAAACCUGUAAAGUUCCACCAAGUAUUCGAAUAACAGUGAAUUCUAGAUUAAAGAAGAGUGAUAUAGAUAAUUUUAUUGAUAUAGUCAAUAAAUUUAACGACAAGUAUUUUUCUGCAUCCAAAUAAUUAAUUAUAUUAUAAUGUAUUGUAGUGAAUGGCUUGCAUUCAGAAAGAAAAUCGAUCAAUGAUCGUUUAUAUCAUGUUAAUAAAUUAGUCAAAACUGGGCUCUCAACUAUUCUAGGGAAUUUUUUUAACUGUAUAAUGAAUAAGAACCGUAAACGGCGGUUUUUCGUGAACCUACUACUUUUGAUCUUAAGGUGUUUGUCUCCCUACAGUAUUGUAAAUAAGUUUAAGUGUAAAAAGUUUAAAUACGUGCUUGCAAUCAAAUAAUGUGUUAUUUUUAACUUAACACCACGCAACUAUUUAUCAUACAAUAUACAGUGGAACUUGGUUAUGUGGGAUCUGGAUAAGUGAGAAACCUCCAUAACUGGAACUCAUUCUGAGGUCCCAACACUUUGGCAUUGAAUUACCUCUGUUAGUGGGACGAAGCAAAUAUCUAUAUCUGGGAUUAGUUCUUUUGAUUUUAUCGUCAUAGUUACCUCUAUAACUAAGACAACGAGUGUAUUUUAUAUGCAUUAACCUCUGUAACUGAGAACUGAGAUAACAUAGUUUUUUUGAGCCUUAAUGACCUUUUAGUUUUAGUUUUGCUUUACUAUCAUACGAAUGUUUAUUUGAAACAUGCCGAAAUGAAGGCUCAAUUCGUUAUCAGUACAUGAAAAACUGAAGUUAAUAUCCGUUUAUGAAAGUUGGAAGAUACACGAUGAAGUCUGUGUCGAAUUUAAUGUACCUAAAUCUACUCUUUGUAGAAUAAUUCAGAAUAAAGAUAAAAUUCAAUCGCAAUGUUCUGAAGGACAAAGAAAACUAAAACGCGUACGUUUAUCAGAAUGUCCUGGACUUGAACAGUGUUUGCUAACAUGUGUCAAGCAACUUCGUAGCAAAAACGUUCCGUUUAGUGACGUUUAAACCGACGAUUAAAGAAAAGGCACUAGAUUUCGCGCUAAGGCUCGGUAUUCAUAAUUUUUGUAGCAGCAAUGAUAUUGCUAAUACUUUAUUUAAUAAUCACACCUCUAUAACUGGAACAACCUGUAUUCUGACCUCGAUUAAUGGAACCCUCUGUAAAUGAUACAGAUAUUUAUUUAUACCUGGAUAUCUGAAACACUGGGUAAGUGGAGACACUGAGUAAGUGCUAUAAGUGAGACUGCAGAUCCCUUGAUGUCUCACUUAACCAGGUUCCACUGUAUUGUGUACUAAGUGUUGUUUACAAUUUUGUUAAUAUGGAGAUCUCUUUUCAACCACCAAUAAUCUAACUAUAGUUGUUUCUGUUCAAUAAUAAAAUUGAUUAACUUUGCGUUAUUAU